UCUCCCUCCGCCGCUCUCCCUCCCAAACCCGCAUCCGCCUCCCAUCUUCCCUCGCCCCUCUUCCCCUACGCAGCAGCCGCCGCCGGGCCGUCCAAGAGGGGGAGCGAUGGCUCCCUAUUAAUCUCCAUUUCCCCCUUCCUCCAUCCCCUCUGCCGCUCUCCCCUCCCAAACCCCUCCUCGCACCCGCCCAUCUUCCCCUACGCCGCCGCCGCCGCCGCCGGGCCCUCCAAGAGGCGACCAUGUUGGAGCUGCCCCUGGUGAAGGGGGACCCCUUCCACCAUGUCAUGGAGGCGAUCCUCGACCUGUCCGAUGUGGCCCACGUCGUGUGCACCACAAGGGGCGUGAACCUCCAGGCCGUGGACACCAAACGCGCCGCGAUCGUCUCGCUCCUCUUCCCCGCCGAGGACUUCAAGGGCUACACCUGCGACGAGUACAUCUCCAUUGGGAUCCCAAUCCGCGACUUGGUCAAUGCCAUCCGCUGCGGCGACGACAAAGACACCAUCACCCUCAAGAUCGGCGAAGAAAACUUCAAGAACAUGACCUUAUCAUUGGUGUCGCCCGAGAAGAGAACUGUGGAUUUCGUAUUCUGGAUUGUGGAUGCCCAACUCGCGCGCAUUGAACUCCCAGAUAGGCAGGAUUUGGAGUACCAGGCCUCUGUCAAAAUGCCAUCUGUGGAGUUUAGGCGGAUCUGCAAGUACCUCAGUAACUUCGGAGAAGAAGAUGGUGUCAUCUGGGUGACUGACGAGGACCUCACAUACUUUGCUAAGGGAACAAAUGGGGACGUCUACAUGGAGUACAAGCAGCAAGAAGAAGAUACUACUACCUUUAAAAUAGAUAUGCAAGAACCAAUUACACUGACCUUGGAUCUGAAGUACUUGAACACCUUCGCCAAGGUGUUCACCCUGUCUGGUCAAGUGAAGCUCUUUCUCUCGAAGACACAUCCCCUCGUGGUCGAAUGCGAAAUUGGACAGAAGGGCCGCAUCAGAUGUUUCAUGGUACCGAAGAUGGAAACAGAGUUCCAAGGGGAAGAGGAAGAGAAAGAGGCCCAUCUUCCCCUACGCCGCCGCCGCCGGGCCCUCCAAGAGGCGAGCGCAGCCACCAGGUUGGAGCUGCCCCUGGUGAAGGGGCACCUCUUCCACGAUGUCCUGGAGGCGAGCCUCGACCUGUCCGAUAUGGCCCUCAUCGAGUGCUUCGGAGCGUGCUUGAAGCUCCAGGCCGUGGACACCGGACGCGGCACGUUCGUCUCGCUCCUCUUCCCCGCCAAGGACUUCCCUGGCUACAUCUGCAACGAGCACUUCUCCAUGGGGAUCCCAAUCCGCGACUUGGUCAAGGCCAUCCUCUGCGGCGACAAAGACACCAUCACCCUCAAGGUCGUCGACGAAAACAUUACCUUAUCAUUCGUGUCGCCCGAGAAGAACACUGUGGCUUACGAUUUGCGGAUUAUGGACGGCGAAAUCCCGCACUUGAAAAUCGCAGAUUGGCAGGAUUUGGAAUUGAAGUACCAGACCUCUGUCAAAAUGCCAUCUGUGGAGUUUAGGCGGAUCUGCAAGUACCUCAACAACUUCAGAGAUGAAGAUGCUGUAGGUGGAAUUUCGGUGACCGACAAGGGCCUCAAGUUCUUUGCUAAGGGAAAAAGUCGGCGCGUGAACAUGAAGCAAGAAGAUACUACUACCUCUAAAAUAGAUGUGCAAGAACCAAUUACACUGACCUUUGAUCUGAAGUACUUGAACACCUUCGCCAAGGUGUUCACCCUCUCUGGUCAAGUGAAGCUCUUUCUCUUGAAGACACAUCCCCUCAUGGUCGAAUGCAAAAUUGGACAGAAGGGCCACAUCAGAUGUUUCGUGGCACCAAAGAUGGAACCAGAGUUCCAAUGGGAAGAAGAAGAGGAAGAGACCCAAGAAGAUAUUAAUGCAAACAUCUCUGCUAAUAAGCUUGCAUUGAGGGGAUGUGUCGACUCGAUGUACAAGCAGAGAGAAGAGAACAGAGCAGAGGAAGGUGACCCUGAGCAGGUGAAUGAAAGAAAAACGAAUUGUUUACAAAAUGCAAGGAAAUCAUUUGGCAGGCAUCCAGAUACCAAGCUAGAGACAGGCACUCACUGUGCAAAUGCUCAAAGAGGGAACCACACGGAGCAUAUUCCAACACCAUCAUCCGGGUGAAUGGCUCGUCGCAUGUGCAGUAGCCGAGUAGGUUCAUCAAGUUCUUAUGGUUCACCCUGGACAACAUAGAUAUCUGAAGAAAUGCUGUUAGUAAUUAAUUAUCUGGUAGCUAGAUAAAAACAUGCUUGCUGACUGGGCAAAAACUUUAUUACCUUGUUCUUAAACUGCUCCUCAGACUUGUCUGACCAAUCUUUGGCAGAGUUAACUGAAGUGGAGACAACUGCUAUUUCAACUCCACUUGACAGAGUCCCCUUAUACAGUAAUCAUCACAUUGAUGAAGUCCUCGCACGCUGUCUGAAGCUCUGCCCUUUCAAGAGAAGGCACACCUGCCACACGCCACAAUAAACCCAGCAACUUCAAAUAGUUUCUUCAGAUGAAAUGCAUUUGAGUAAUGUUUAUUCUGUAGAGUAGUCAAAUUUCGUGCUAAUUUGAUGAAAUGUUAGCCAUUUUAUGCUUCAGAUGGUGAGGGGCUGACCUGCCACGAAGGCUUUCCUUAGUGGUCCACUCAGUCCAGUAGACCAUGGCGUGACUGUGUGAUCCUUCUUUCGACGAUUGAAGAGUAGAUACAUGGUGGUACCUGCGAUGACCACAAGGAGAAC